AAAAGCAAAAAAUAAAAAAUUUAAAUUAAAUUAAAUUUAUAACCAUUGCUUUCUUUUUUAAUAAACAGAGCCAUCCCUAACUGUAAUAUAAUAAUAAAACCCAUUAACUCCAAAAUAAAAACAAAUAAUGACAUCUUUAAAAACUUAAGAUCGAAAAACAUAUUUAACGAGCAAAUUAUACUAAAAAGGAUUUUCUAUUACUAAUGUAUAACCUUUAAAAUUACAAGAAUUCGAAUAAAACAUGUCUGAAAUCCAAGAAAUUAACAGUAAUAAAAAAUACCUAACAAAUUCUCCUUUAAAAAACUAACCAAGUUCAAGUGCUAUAAAAUAAAAUAAUGUGAACGAUUCAAUGUAAAAUUCUUAAAUUUUAUCUCAAUAGUAAAACUAGAAUGAUUCUGAUAAUAAUUCUAAAUAAAUAUUAUCUUAAUUAUAAUAACCUGUUAAAUAAUCAUCUAAUGUUAGGACUUUUAUCAGAGUACGUCCUUUAAAUAAAAUGGAAAUAGAAUUUAAUUAAAAUGGAUGUGGUAAUGAAAACUUAAGGUUCCCAGAUUUAAAAUCAGUAUAAGUUAUGCCAGAAAAAACUAUCUUUACACUCGAUAAAGUAUAUCCACCGGCUUCUUAAUAAUCUGAAAUAUAUGAAGAUGUAGGAAGAGAAAUGGUCAAUGAUGUCCUAUUAGGUUAUAAUGGUACUAUUUUUGCCUAUGGAGCUACUGGCUCUGGUAAGACACACACAAUGUUCGGAAAUGUAAACGAUUAAUAAUAAAAGGGAAUAAUUCCUCGAGUAAGUAAUUAAAUUUUUUAAUAUGUAAAUUAAAGUACUGAUAUUGAAUUUUCAAUUACUUGUAGUAUGUUAGAAAUAUAUAAAGAGUAAUUAUUUGAUUUACUUAAUACGAAUAAAUAGAAUUUGAAAAUAAAAGAAAAUGCAAAAGAAGGUGGUUUAUAUGUACAAGGACUUACCAAUAUAACUGUAGAAAGUGAAUAAGAUAUACUAGAUGCCAUAAAUUUAGGAUAUUCAAGCAAAUAGACUCGAGAAACACGAAUGAAUGAGUAUUCUUCCCGAUCUCAUACUAUUUUUACAAUAAAUGUAAACCAAAAAUGCCCUAAUGGGUAAUUAAAAACCGGAAAAAUGAACCUAGUAGACUUAGCUGGGUGUGAGAAAAUCGCCAAAACACAAGCCUGGGGUGAAAUGUUAGAAGAAGCAAAAAAAAUAAACCUUUCAUUGUCAUGUUUAGGGAAUGUUAUUCAUGCUUUAACUUCCGGAGCUGACCAUAUACCUUAUAGAGAUUCUAAACUAACUCGAAUAUUAUAAGAGAGUCUAGGAGGAAACUUUAAAACAUCACUUAUAGCCGCUAUAUCUCCACAUUCUAGUCAACAUGAGGAAUAAAUAAGUACUCUGAAAUUCGCUACAAGGGCUAAAACUAUAAAAAAUAAUGUCAAGAUAAACAUUAUAUUGUCUAAUGAAUAAAUGAAGGUGCUUAUUGAAUAACUUAAAGGAGAAUUAGCUAAAAGUAAAGAAUAGAAUGAUAAAUGGAAAAAAAUGGUGCAGAAAUUAAAGGAGGAAAUAAAAAAUAAUAACAAUGGAGGAUCUUUUAUUAAAAAUCUAGAAGAUAUUAUCAAUAAUAAUGAUAGUGAAGGUAGUAAUACGGAAUAAAAUAAUAGUAUUAAUAAUGAUAAUGGAGAUGAAUCGGAUCUAGAUGAAAGCUUUGUAGAUUAAUAAGGAGGAAAUAAUUAACCAAGUAUUUUUAGUGGUAAAAGAUAAUAGGAUAAUGGGGGUAAUUAAUAGAAUGCUUUUUUAAAUAGUAGUUAAAAGGAUAAUAAUAAUACAGGAUAAUAUAGAGGUACAAGUUCUGAUUUUAGAAAAAGAUAUUAAGAAAAGAAUAAAUUAUGUAGAAAUUUAUAGAAGGAAAUUAUUAUUUUAAAAAAAGAAUUAAAUGAACAAGAAAAAAAAAUGAUGGAUAUUAGAUAUUAGAAAUAAUAAAUUGAAUAAUCUUAUACUGAAUAAAAAUCUAAAAAUGAAUAUAAUCUGUUUUAAACUGAAGUUUUAUAAAAAUAAGUAACUUCUCUUAUAGAAACUUUAUGUAAAUAUGAAAAGUAAAUUAGUAAAAUGAUUUAAGAAAAAACUACAAAUAGUAAACUAAAUAUAGAAGAUUAUUUAAAAAAAAAAUUUAAUUUCUAAGAAAUAUCUUAUUCAGAAUAUUUCAAAAAUUCAACAAGUUUAACACUUGAUAAUUAUGUUUUAUAAUGGUCAGAUUAAUAGAAAAAAAUUUAACAAUUAGGAGUAGAUUUUAACAAUUUAUUUGAUGAAAAUUAAGAACAAGAGGGAAAUCAAAAUUAAGGAAAAAAACACACAUUUACUAAAAUGGAAACAUUGUUAAAAUAAACAAAAGGAAAUAUUAAUAAUUCGUUAAAUUAAAAAUAAAUGUUAGAAAAAAUAACUCUUUUUCCUUCUAAAUUAGAUAAAUUUCAUCAAAAGCAUCACAUUUCGAGAGAUUUAAUGAUUAUUCUAUUAAAAAAAGAAUUAUUUAAUUCCCAUAUUAUUAAUUAAACACUUUCGAGAACUAUUUCAACUUUAGAAUGGAAAUAAAUAAUAGAAUAUGGAAAAGAAACACUUCUUAUAGAAUUAAAUAAAGUACAAAAAACACACAUUGAUAAUUUAGAAAUAGUAAUAAAUGAAGCAAGUGCUAAUUAUAAAUUAUUAAGAAGAAAAAUCGAAUAAAUCGAGUUAGAAUAACAUAUAUAAAACGAUUAGAAAUCAUAAGAGGUAUAAGAUAAAAAGGGAAACAUAGGCAAAGACAAUUAAACAUUAUAAUAAUUAAUUAAAAAAAAAGUAUAGAAAGAUAAAGUAUUAAAGGUAGUUUUUUAGGCAUUUAAUAUAUGGACUUAAAUUAAACAGAUAAUAAUAGUGAAGAAAUUAUUUAAAAAUCUGUUCUACCAUAAACAUAUGAUAAAUCAAUAGAAGAAUUAAAAGAAAGAAAUUUAUUAUUAAAAAGGGUAUUUGAAGAAAUAAAAGAGAACUUUUAUAGUGGAGUAAACUAAUAAUUAAUUGAAUAAAUUUUAAAAGAAAAGGAAAGACUAGAAGGUAAAGUUAAUAGUAUAUAAGAUGAACUUAAAAUGGAAAUUGAAAAAUCAAAAUAUUAUUCGGAA